CGUUUCGGAGCACAGUUGCUCUGUAUAAUAGUAAAGAAUGGUAAUACGCGGGCCGGCAAGCUGAUAUUUUCAUUAUAGCAAAUUGCGUAUCAAAAGAAACGUAUUGUCCUAUUUGAAUACAAAAACAGUUGAGUUCAAGUUGUGUACUACUGUAAACAAACUUUCAUAAAUACUAAUAUAUGAUCUUUUUAAAAGUACAUUUCGUCGGCAAAUUCACAGAGUGGCGAAUAUAAAAAAAAAGUGAUUUUUGGCUUAUAUCGUUAUUCGAUAGAAGUGGGAACACCGAACAAACUCUUAAAGUGGCGAAUCUUUAUUCUGUCCCCUUAAUAAGUUAAUCGAUAUUUAAGUUUAGGCGUAAGUAACAAAAUAUCAAAUAACAUUUCUUCAAACAGGCUAAUAUAUAUCAUAUUCGCCUCUUUGAAAACACUUUUUAAGUUACCGGCUGUGGGCGAAUAUGGAAUUCGCCAGUUUACGAACUAAAUUGGCGAGUGUUUUAACCUCAAAAAAGGUUAGUGUGUUCUGUGUCUUCUUACUGUAAACAUCGUUUUUACAAAAAAAAAAUGGAUGCAUUAGUGUUGUGGGAUGAUGGAGAUAAGAACGUGGUGGAUUUUAAAGAACUAAAGUGUGCCGAUAAAACAAAAAGUGUUCUUGAUAUCGGUUGCAGGGUAAAAAUGAAAUAUAAAGAAAAAUGGUAUUAUGGAAAAAUUAUCGCUACUGAAGAGCAUGGCAGUGUUUUGGAGGAAUCAACAGAAACUAUUUCUUCUGAUAAUAGUUGGGAUGAUACUGACAAUCUUCCACUAUCUAAAGUAAAAGAAUUUUUGCUUACAAAUUUGGAAAACUCAAAAAUAAAUGACGAAUUCGAAGGUUCCCAAAUUAGCAUAAUUCCAAGAAGAGAAGAGCAUGGAAGUAUUUUGGAUAAGUCAACAGAAAUUAUUUCUUCUGCUAAUAGUUCGGAUGAUACUAACAUGAAUCUUCCACUAUCUAACGUAAAAAAACUUUUGUUUAAAGAUUUGAAAAUCUCCAAACUAAAUGACGAAUCCGAAGGUUCCAAAAUUUGCAUAAUUCCAAAAAGCGGAGAACGUGGUACUGUUCUCGAGAUAUUAGCAGGAGAUUUUGCUUUGGAUAAUAAUCUUCCUUUUUCAAAGUCAAAAGAAAUUUUAGGUAAAACUUUGGAAGACCCUCAAAUUGUUAAAGAUCCUCAGGUUUUGUACAAAAAAAAGUUAAUAUCAUUUCUGAUAUAAUAAUAUGCACUGUGGAACCAAAAACAGGUGUGCUACUAGAAGAUACAAAGAUGGAUUGCUCUGAUGACAUUAUUCUUGAUUCCGUAAAUUGCGAAUUUGAACAGUGCACCUUACAAGGUACACAAUUUUGCGGUUGUGGUUACUUCCUUUGUAUGCAGCACUAUUAUGGGAAGACUAACUGUAAAAUUUAAAGACUAACUGUAAAAUUUACGAAGUGGUUGACAACAAUAAUUGCCUUACAAAAGUAGGACGACAAAACAAAAAAAAAAAGCAAGAUUAAAUUCGCUGAGUUUUCAAAGUCUGAUUUUAACGGCAAUAUUCAACAACACUGCGCAGUUUGUGGUUGUCUGGAAGAAGUUUGGGCGGCUUGCCAUAGGUGUAAUAGUUUACUUUGUUGGCCUCAUUUUGACCAAAAUUUAGACUGCAUAAACCACAAAAGCAGACAAGAAAGCAAGGUUAACGAAGAGACUGUUCUGAAUACUGCAGAUUUUAAAGUUGAGGGCAGUCCAAUUGAAAUACCUCGUCAGAGAAAACGAAGUAAAGUAAAAUAUUUAAAAGAAAACAAAUUUAGAAAAGCAGCUGGGCUACCAUUUGUAAUUCCAAAUACAAUGAAUAUCGCUCCUCCAAAAUUGCUUAAAGAAGCCUGUAAAAUUAUUGUAAAAGAGAUUUGGAAGAAAAUGUCACUUAUUUACGAAUGAUCAGCGACAAGAAAAAUUUACGGAGUUUUAUGGUCUUGGUUCCUUAGAACUAACAAAGGCAAUAUUUGUGCAGUUUAAUUGAAACUGGCGUUCCUAAGUUCCAAGAAAUUUACUCUAGGAAAGGACACAGAAACGACUGGUAUUUGCCGUUCUUUGGGAAGAAAAUUCAGGUUUGUAAGGUUUUAUUUCUAAAUACAUUUUGUAUUUCGGAAAAGUUUAUGAGGACUUGUAUAAUGAAGAAAAAGAAUACAGGUGUUAUAGAGAAGGAAAGAAGAGGUGCAAGAACAUGCAAAAUGAAAGAAUGCAACAGUAAGCUUAAAAAUGAUAUUGAAAAUCACAUAAACAUGUUUCCAAGGGGAGAAUCUCAUUUUUGUCGCGCAGAUUCUUCAAAAGAAUAUUUGUCACCUCUACUUUACAUACUACACUGCUGACGAAGUAAAAAAGAGGAGCUUAUUGGAGAGUUUUAAAAAACACCAAAGUGAAAAGUAGAAAGUAAGAGAAAUGAAGCAAGAUAGUAAGCAGAGAGCAAUUGAAAACAACAAACAUAUCAGUGCUGUUUUUGAUCUACAGCAGGUCAUACAUCUUCCUAUUUUUAAAGAGAGUGCACUCUUUUACAAGCAACGCCUAAGUUUUUAUAACUUCACAAUUUAUGAUCUAGCGUCAAAAGACUGUUAUUGCUAUACCUGGGAUUAAACUCAAAGUAAAAGAGGUGCAUCAGAAAUAGCAUCAUGCAUUUACAGAUUUUUACAAGUUUGUAACAAUAAAGGAGCUGAAACAGUCAAUUUUUUUUCAGAUGGGUGUUUUGGACAAAACAAAAACUCAAAACAAAGCAAAAACAUUAAAAGCGUUCAUCAUUAUUUUUUUGAAACUUGCCACGGCCAAAGUGAGGGAGAUUCGGCCCACAGUGCCAUCAAUAGAGCCAUAAAAGUAGCUGGAGAUUAAUUUUUACCAAGUCAAAUUAUACCAAUUAUAAAAUUAGCAAGGCGUGUACAUCCGUACAUUGUGGUCGAAAUGAAUUUUUAUGACUUUCAUGAUUUUAAGAAAUUGUCUCAGGAUUUGCGAAUACUUAGAUCUCAAGCUGAUGAUCCACUUGGGAAAGUUGUUAUAAACUGGACCAAAAUUUUUGUAACAAUGAUGAACAAGUCAGAACUAAGCCAAAUAUCUUUUAAAAAUAGCCAUUUUGACACAAGUUUCCGAAUAAUAACACUUCCACGAAAUGUCAACUUAUUUAAAUUACAUAUAGCUAGACUAAAUAAAGGUCUUCAGAAAAUUCCCGAAAAAAAAUAUAAAUCCUUAUUAUCCUUAUGUGAGGGCAAAAAUCCUGUCAUACGUGGCGUCGAAUACACGGAAUAUUUUAAAAAUCUGCCCCAUUAAAAGAUUUCUCUUACAUACCCAACUAAAAUAAUGUUUUGGUAAUUUUUGUUUAGUGUUUAUAUUUCCUAUUUUUUGUUUAAGAGUGGUAUUUUUUUCGAUAAUUACCUACUUUUUUGUUUAGUUUUAGCAUGUUUAAGGAUACCGUUAUGAUAUUUUUUGUAAGGCGAAUGUCAAUCCGGCAAUAAAGUUUGUACUUCAAA